AUGGAGGUGAGGGGAAAAGGCAACAGAACCCUGCAGCCGGCGGGUAUAGGUUUGUGUAUACAUGUGUACAUAUGUAAUUCAAGCGUGCACGAGGAUGUGAUUGUCAUGGGUACGGCGAGGAGGCGGAAGUGGUUUUUGGAUUCCUGCCGCCACCACCACCACCGUUCCACUUUCCUGUUGUCCCAUCUUUUGUUUUUUGUUUUGUUUUUUUGUCUUUGUCUUUUGUUCCGCGAAAUGACGCUUCAGUUGUUUUUGGCCGACACGUCCCUCUGCGUCUUGUGUGUCCGCGAGAACAUCCCCGUUUGGCCUUUUGCUUUGCUUCUCUCCGGCCCACAGCGGGGGCCAUCGCGGAUUUUUUUUUUUUCUUCCACGCGGCCCGCUCCACUCCUCCCCUGUCUGCACGACGAACUGUUCGAAACGGGGGAUUUGUGGCUGAUGACGGGAGCGCCAUGA